GCCGAGCGUUCUGGAGACGUGGGGAGGUGCUUUUAGGUGUCCGAGGAUUGCAUCUGGAGAAGUGUGUAAGACUCUGGCUGAAGAAAGCUAUUAAGCAUCUUAUGUGGGUGAUUUUUUAAAAAAAUAGCGUUUCGGUUUACCUGCUUGACUCCCUCUUCUCAACAGCUCUUAACUCCGCCUGCGCAUCUGUUUGGUUUUGCGCUGCCGGCUCUCGGGUCGGGGACUGCGCUGUGUGAUUAUGCUUAUUGUUGCUCUUGCGGCCACUCUCUUGUCAUCCUCACGUUCAGAUUCAUUGGCAUGGUGCAUUAACAGACUGAGUGGCAUUAAUGGGUACAUAUGAUGUUCUAGUCUAAUCCUGGACUAAAUACCAUAUAGAAAGUUGUAGCUUUGUGGAUAGUCUAUUUAGACGUUUUAUUUAAAAGUUGAUGACUGCGUGUUUUUAGAAUCAGUUGAAAUUCACGUUUUCUUCAUUCAUAGUCCUCCCCCGCUUCUUCUCCUCGCACCCCAAGUCUUCAAAGAGGCGAAACGUUUGUUCCGAAGUUUUAUGGACCUAGAAGAAAGUUCUGCUCAGAACUGUGGGACUAGUUUUGUUACCAAUAAUAUGAAAGGCUCCGAGUUUAGCCCGGAACAGAAAAAAAAGGUUAAAGUACCAGCGAGGAGACUUCGUGAGGUAGUUUCUCCAAAUCAGGGAGAUACUUUGGCUUUGCUGAAAGAUGCGUUGUCCUGUGUUCCUCCAGCGUUGUCUGCAAAUAAACGUCUUCCUGCUGGAACGGGGGCUGGCUUGAAUGGAACGUCACGUGGUUCAUCAGACUUAUCCUUGGCUAGAAAUUAUCAGCAGCCUCCAUUAGAAAAUCCUGCUGUGUCAGAAAGUGAUUUUUCUAAAGAUGUUGCAGUGCAGGGGUUGCCUUUGGAUAAAAUGGAAGAGAGCAACAGACAAAAAGCAAAUGACAUCUUUAUUUCUCAAUACACUAUGGGACAAAAAGAUGCUCUAAGAGCAGUUUUAAAGCAAAAAGCUCAAAGCAUGCCUGUUUUUAAGGAAGUACAAGUACAGCUUUUAGAAGAUGCAGGCACAGAAAAGGAUAUUAUUCCUCAGGAGUCUAGAACUUCACCCAGUGGAAUUGACUCAGCUACUGCUGUGGCUGCAGCCACUGCCGCUGCCAUUGCAACAGCAGCGCCACUGAUAAAAGUACAGAGUGAUUUGGAAGCAAAAGUCAAUUCUGUUACAGAAUUACUCAAUAAGUUACAGGAGACUGAUAAACAGUUACAACGUGUUACAGAGCAGCAAACAAGCAUUCAGAAUAAGCAUGAGAAACUACAUUGUCAUGAUCAUGAAAAGCAAAUGAACCUGUUUAUGGAGCAGCACAUUAGGCAUCUUGAAAAGUUACAACAACAACAACUGGAUAUGCAGACUCAUUUCAUUAGUGCUGCGCUCAAGACUGGUAAUUUUCAGCCUGUUACUAUGCCUCCUCCUAGAGCAGUGGAAAAAUAUUCUGUAAAACCAGAACAUUUGAAUCUUGGUAGCAGUAAUCUAUCUUCAUAUAAUACAUUUGCUUCCAAACAAGCACCUUCAAGAGAGGUUGAAAAUAAGAGUUUUGAUAAACAGAAAUCUCCUUUGGAGACACCAGCACCUCGCAGGUUUGCUCCUAUACCUGUUUCAAAGGAUGAUAAAAUAUCAAAGAGGGAAAGUCGUUUGGAAGAAAAAGAAAAUAUGGAGAUGUCAGGUCAUACAGGAAAUGUAAGACUAUUGGAGCAAAUUUUGAAUAAUCAUGAGUCUUUGACAAGAAAAAGUGAAUCUUCAGACAAAAGCUCACUAACUAGGUCAAAAACAGGAUGGAAUCCUGAGAGGAGAGACAGCACUGUCACUCUGUCCUCUCAAAGAUUUCCUUCCUAUGAAGAACUAGGAACAGCUGAAGUGACUGUGCACAAGUCUGAUGAUAUUCUUUAUGAUCUUGGCCAAAAGAGGAAAGAAACAAAUGGUGUACUCCAGCCCAAAGAAUCUCUGAUUAUGUCAAGGCUUGCCGAUCUUUCACAGAAUUCCUUUAAGCUUCAAACAACCAAUACGAGAUCUGUAUUGAAAGAUGCUGAGAAGAUUUUGAGAGGAGUACAAAACAAUAAAAAAGUACUUGAAGAAAACCUGGAAGCUAUUAUUCGUGCAAAGGACGGAGCUGCCAUGUAUUCGUUUAUCAAUGCCCUGUCUACCAACAGAGAGAUAUCAGAGAAGAUUCGGAUUAGAAAGACAGUGGAUGAGUGGAUUAAAACUAUUUCUGCAGAAAUUCAGGAUGAACUGGCAAGAAAAGAUUAUGAACAAAAGAGGUUUGAUCAGAAGAAUCAAAGGACCAGGAAAGCUCAGAAUAUGAGUAAAGAUAUUAAAACCAACACGCAAGACAAAACAGUAAACAAUUCUGUAAUUCCAAGAAAACAUUCUCAGAAACAAAAAGAGGAGCAUUUUAGAAAUCCACCUGUCAAGAGCAAGCCUGCUUCAAGCUUACAGAAAGAGAGAAAAGAAGGAUUUUUGAAAGCAACCUCAGUGAUACAAGAUGAGGAUUAUAUGUUGCAAAUUUAUGGAAAACCAGUUUAUCAGGGCCAUCGCAGCACUCUUAAAAAAGGACCAUAUCUCAGAUUUAAUUCUCCAUCUCCUAAGUCCAAACCACAAAGACCGAAAUUAAUAGAACGAGUUAAAGGCACUAAAGUAAAGUCGAUAAGAACACAAACUGACUCUUACGCAACAAAACCUGCAAAGAUGGAUUCUAAACUGCAACAUUCUGUUACUAUGGUGCCCCCUGGUGAUCAGCAGUAUUUGUUCAGUCCAAGCCGAGAAAUGCCUACUUUUUCAGGUACACUGGAAGGCCAUCUAAUUCCUAUGGCAAUUCUUUUAGGACAAACCCAAAGUAAUAGUGAUUCCAUGCCACCUGCUGGAGUAAUUGUCAACAAGCCACACCCUGUAACAGUGACUACUUCUAUCCCUCCAUCAUCUCGAAAAACAGAAACUGGAGUGAAGAAACCUAACAUAGCAGUUGUAGGAAUGAGGUCGGAAAAAAAGGAUCCUCCUCAGCUUACUGUGCAGGUAUUACCCAAUGUAGAUAUUGACAGCAUUUCGAAUGGUAGUGCUGAUGUCAGUCCAUCUCUGCCUAGUCCCAAAGAAGCAUCUCCUCCUCCUCUGCAAACCUGGAUACAGGCUCCAGAAUUUACGAUGGUAGAUGAACAGGAGGUGAAGUUUCCAGGAACUAACUUUGAUGAAGUCAUUGAUGUCAUACAGGAAGAGGAAAAAUGUGAUGAAAUUCCAGAAUACUCUGAACCAAUUCUGGAGUUUAACAGAUGUGUUAAAGUUAUUUCUACAAAAUAUAAUGGUCCUCCAUUUCCACCAGUUGCUUCUACUUCUCAGCCCACUGCUGAUAUUCUGGAUAAAGUAAUUCAGAGAAAGGAAACAUUGGAAAAUAGCUUAAUUAAGUGGGUAGAACAAGAAAUAAUGUCAAGAAUUAUCUCUGGGCUCUUGCCGAUCCAACAACAGGCCAUAGCUAAUGACAGUGGUUCAGUCAGUGAUGCAAGUGAACCAUUGACUUCUGACAUUGUGGAAGGAACAAGCAGUGGUGCCCUCCAACUUUUUGUUGAUGCCGGGGUCCCUGUGAAUUCAGACAUGAUUAGGCAUUUUGUGAAUGAAGCUCUUACUGAGACCAUUGCUGUCAUGCUGGGUGACAGAGAAGCAAAGAAACAAGGUCCUGUUGCUGCAAGUGUUUCUGGGGAUGUUUCAACAAGCAAAACAUACUUGCCGGCAAGAGUGUGUACCCCAGUGGCUACCCCACAACCAACUCCUCCUCCCUCACCUUCUUCACCUCCUAAGGAGUGUGUGUUGGUAAAAACUCCAGAUUCUUCUCCCUGUGAUUCAAAUCAUGAUGUAGCGUUUCCUGUGAAAGAAGUAUUUGCUGAAAAAGGAAAUGAUAUGCUUGCCAUGACACUUGUUAACACUCCGACAGUUACCCCUGCUACCACACCUCCUCCUGCAGCAGCUCUUACCCCAACUCUGGCAGAGAUUUCCACUGAUAAACUGAAGAUAUCAAGCCCAGAGCUUCCCAAGCCAUGGAGUGAUGGAGACCUGCCACUGGAAGAAGAGAAUCCUAACUCUCCGCAAGAAGAACUUUCCCCAAGAGCUAUUGUCAUGUCUGUGGCCAAGGAUGAAGAACCUGAGAGCAUGGAUGUCACUGCUCAGCCUGCACCUCCAAAGCCAGCUCCCUUUAUGCCACUUCCUGCUGGCACCAAGGCCCCUUCCCCCAUACAGGUGCCGAGUUCUGAUUCAUCAACAAUGGAGAGCCCCUUGAGCGUUACUGUCACUGAAACUGAAACUUCAGAUAGACCUAUCUCUGAAGGAGAGAUUUUAUUUAACUGUGGUCAAAAAUUGGCUUCCAAGAUUUUAGGAGAUGGAGGAUUAUAUCUGACAAACCUAGAUGAUAGCUUAUCCAGUACUCUGCGUGAUUCCCUUGAAAUGGAAGAUGAUUCUCCCAGUGAAGGACAAGUGACUAGGAUGCCCCAUAAAAAAUUUCAUGCAGACGCAAUUCUUUCUCUUCUUGCUAAACAAAACCAUGAAUCAUUAGUUUCACAGCAAGCAGUCUAUCAUUCAGAGGACUUGGAAAACAGUGUGGGUGAACUUAGUGAGGGACAAAGGCCCAGGCUGACAGCAGCAGCAGAGAGCAUCUUAAUGGGACUUUCUGUUUGUAUGCAGCCGCCUGUUGCUAAUGCAGAGUCUUUGGAUCAAAAAUGUGCUCCUAAGCCCUUAUCUCAGCAGUUUGACACAGUGACAGGUGGUGUUUAUGAAGAUUCAUGUGCUAGUCAUGGUCCAAUGAGUUUGGGAGAAUUGGAGUUGCAGCCAAAUUCUAACCUUGCUCUUUCCACAACACUUCUGACAACACAGGAAGAUGAUGUUAAGUUAUCAGUAACGGCUGAAGAUUUUCCUCAGUACCAACAAAAGCAAGACCAAGAUGUUAAGCAGGUUGAACACAAGCCAGUACAAAGUCGUUUAAUACGUGUAAAAAAUAAAUCCAAUAUUUCACUUGCAGAGCAACAAGAGGCCUUGAAGAUAAUGAGAGAAACUCACCUUAUCACAAGGGAAUCAAAACCACGUCUUUUCUGGCAAAUAAAUGCUUCUAAGAAUACUUGAACCCCAAAUUAUGGCUGUUUCAGGGGAAGUAUCAUGUAUUUCACUUUGAAAUGUGUAGUAGUUUAAUGUGUAUAUAUAUAGAAAUCAAGCAGUUUACCAGCAGUAGCAACUCUUUCAAUGAUCAUCCAUUAAAAGUUGACUGAAGAUGUGAUAGGACAUAGGUUCCAGCACUGUGCUUCUGGGAAAUCUGUAAAAUCUUUGUUUUCUUCCCCUCUUGAUUAUUACUUUCAGAUUUUAAUGUAAAAGAGAGAAAUUGAUUUGAUUGUUCUGGCAGAUGAUAUCUUUAGAGUCUAAGAGUAAAACUCUUUCAUUUGGUAUUGAAUUCAUUGGGUGUAUUUUUGACCACGUGAUACCACUUAUCUGAUUCUAUGUCCCGAUUAAUAUCUCUAACAGUUUUAUAGUGAAAACAACUUUUUAAGUGAUUUUAAUGAGUCAUUUUAAUUUUUUUCCCUUUUACUCUGCAAGUUAACUUUCACUGCAUCUUUUACUGUGCAAGUUAAUUUUUUUCAAUACUAAUGAGAGACUAAUUUUAAAUCCAUUUAUUUGUUACGAACCCAGGAACAAAUUAAAUUCUAUCAAGUGAUGUGUUAAAAUAGUUAACUUUAAAAACUAUUUUCCUUUUUUAGUUUUUCUCUUAAAAUUUUAAGACCAUCAUACUAAAUAGUAAUUAGAAAGUCAAACAUUCUAUAUAUAAUCAGUGGGGAAAAAUUAGAUCAUAUGUUUUGUGGUUAAAUGCUAGGACAGAUUAGUUGUCAAAGAUGCUUGAAAAUCACAGCAUUCUUCAGUUUUCUUAUUUGUAGAUUAUAUAUGUUGCUCAGAAAGUAUGUAUUAAAGUGCUCAAAGUAAUAAAUGUAAUUGCAAUAAUUUAUCAAAAGCAGGUUACGUUUUUGUGAGAAAUACACUUACCUAAUCACAGAUGGAUGUUUUUGGCAUUAUGUCCUGAGUUUAAUUCCCAGCCAUCUUAGCACCAUUUACACCUCACAUACAGUGAUUGUGACUUUAAAUAUGUGAGAAUUAGGAAAUCCAAAGUGUAUGUAUAUUUAGAAUCUAUUUCUGACCACAUGCACAAAUGAAAUCAUUUUUGUUCUUUUAUAAAGUGGUAAAUUUUUUACCUUAGUAUUUGAAAUAUAGCUAAAUUACAAUGGCUAUCACAAUUAUAAUUAAUCUU